AUGUCCCUGCCCGUGGUGCUCCCGGGCUCCUGCUGCCCCGUGGCCGGCCUCUCGGGCGGGCCGCAGGCCGGGGGCCCGGGCGCCGCCGCCGCCGCCGCCGCGCAGGAGCCGCCGCUGCCCCCGCUGCGGCCGCGCUGGCCCCGGGCCGCCCUGCAGCCCCCCGCGCGGCCCCGCUGCGCCGCCGCUGCCCCCGCCCCCGCCCCCGGGGUGCUGGCCCCGCCGCCCGCGCUCUCCUCCCGCCGGGCCGCCGCCGCCGCCGCCGCCGCCGCCGCCGCCCCGGGCUCCGCGCUGCUGCCCGCUCGCCCGCUGCUGUCGCUCGGGCUGCUGCAGCUGAUCCUGGGCUGCUGCAUGGUGGCGCUGAGCUUCGGGGCGCUGUCGCUGAGCAGCUCCCCGCAGGUGAAGAACUCGUGCCCCUUCUGGGCCGGCUCGUCGGUGAUACUCUCUGGAAUCAUAGGAUUAACAACUUGGAAGCGGCCUAUGAUACUCCUGAUGAACCUCUUCGUGCUGCUAUCCGUGGUGUGUGUCCUCUUAAAUCUAGCUGGAUUUAUCCUCGGCUGCCAGGGGGCCCAGUUUGUGUCCAGCGUGCCCAGGUGUGAUCUGGUGGACCUGGGAGAAGGCAAGAUUUGCUUCUGUUGUGAAGAAUUUCAACCAGCCAAAUGCACAGACAAAGAAAAUGCCUUGAAACUCUUUCCCGUCCAGCCUUGUAGUGCUGUUCACCUUCUACUUAAGAAAGUCCUUUUCGCCCUGUGUGCCUUGAAUGCCCUGACCACCACUGUCUGCUUGGUGGCAGCUGCCCUUCGUUACCUCCAGAUAUUUGCAGCCAGAAGAUCCUGCAUCGAUGAGUCCCAAAUUUCUGCCGAGGAAGUGGAAGAACACGGACGGCUCCCUGACCCUGACGACUUUGUGCCACCGGCGCCCCCGCCUUCCUAUUUCGCCACAUUUUACUCCUGCACGCCCCGGAUGAACCGCAGGAUGCUCGGCAGUGAUGUCAUUCCACUCCCACACAUCUAUGGAGCACGAAUCAAAGGUGUGGAAGUGUUCUGUCCCCUGGACCCCCCGCCUCCUUACGAAGCUGUGGUGAGCCAGACAGACCAGGAACAGGGAUCUUCACUCCAUAUGCCAGAAGGAUCAGAAGGUGCCAUGAGCCCCUUGGAACCGAUCUGCGUGCCAGUGAUGCAAGGUGAGGACAUUCCUAACACACCUGGAGAAGAAAGCACAUCCAUCUCAAUUCCUGAUGCAAACCAGCUAUAUCCCAUGCGAAGUCGGAGAGUCUUCCCACUCCUGAGGACAAGAUCGAGGAGCGACCCUGUGCUGCACCAUUCCGUGGAGAGAGCUGUCCCCGUGCUCAGCUGCGAAGCUGCAACGCAGACUGAGGGGAGACCAGAUCUGGCCACGGUGACCCUGAGGAGGGGGUUGAAGUGCAGAGCUUCGCGAUGCCGGCCACGGUCCCUGAUCGAUUACAAGUCCUACAUGGACACAAAACUGCUGGUGGCGAGGUUCCUGGAGCAGUCCUCCUGCAGUAUGACCCCAGACAUCCAUGAGCUCGUGGAAAACAUUAAAUCUGUUCUGAAGUCCGACGAGGAGCACAUGGAGGAGGCCAUCACAAGUGCCAGCUUCCUAGAACAGAUCAUGGCCCCGUUGCAGCCCAGCACUUCCCGGGCCCACGUGCCACCAUCGCGGAGACAACCUGGCCUCUUGCACCUGCGGAGCUGCGGAGACCUCAGCACCUUUGUCCCUGCGGGGAGGCCCCGAGCCGAGAGGAGGCCCCGGCGAGCAGUGGAGGCUGAGCGGCCCCACAGCCUCAUCGGUGUCAUCCGGGAGACCAUCCUGUGAACCUGGGGGGCCAGGCACCCCUUUCCCCGUCGGCCUGAGUGAGGAGCAGGAAGGAAGAUGCACCCCGAUGGCAGCAGGAUGAUCGCUCCUGACCUUGGAGCGCCCUGGCUGGGAGUGCGCAUGCCCUCUCAGAAGGGGGGCACUCCAGAGGACAUUUGUUCCCGUGUUCUGCUGACUGAGGACAUACAGGGGUGGAUAAGCGGGUUCUUGCAGGCCCAUCUGGCUAUUAGAUGCGCUGGAGGCGGUGGAGGCAGCAUCCUUCCAGCCUCGGCCAAGUGCCCAGGUCCCGUGGACAGAAACUGGGUUAAAGAUUCUUUGCCUGCCUCCCUCCCCGUGGCUGUUGGGCUGACCUGAGUUCCUCCCUCAGUGAAGGACAGAGCUGCUGGGCCGCUACUCAGAGCCUCCACAGCCUUUGGUGGCUCAGCCAGGGAGCAGUGGGCACAGACGCAGGAUGACUAACCCCCAUGUGCUGCACUUGUCAAGCUUCGUUUUAGGGCACCCCCAAGUCACAGUCUCUUUAGGAAAAAUGGGAAACUCGGUCAGUGAUAAAUAGUAAUGAAAGAUGUUGAGAGGGAGGUUCUUGUGGAUUCCAUUUAUUCCUGCUUGCAAAACUAGAGAUGGCUAAGUCCCCACCGAGAAUAAAAAUGUGUACUUUGGACCUCUGG